CGCAUCCAGCGCAAAUUCAAACAGCUCCACGACAGUCAGCGAGAAUGGGCUACAGGGGUGUUGCUCUGUGCCUAUGGUACCUCCAUCAUACUGUUCAUAAAUGUGGUCUUGACGAUUAUUGCUGCCAGCAUGUCAUAUUCCAAGCAUACAGGUCAGAACUAUAAUUACUCGGGCCUGUAUCAAGGGAAUUGUUCCACUUCGAAGAACUUGACCCGUGGUUUACAUGCGUUGAUAAAUGUGCUUAGCACGCUCAUGCUGGCGGCGAGCAACUACUGCAUGCAAUGCUUAAGUGCCCCAUCUCGUCAGAGCAUCGAUGAAGCGCAUGCUCAGCGGAAGUGGUUGGAUAUCGGAGUCCCCAGUUUGAAGAAUCUCCGAUCAAUUGGCCGAAAAAGUCAAAUAUUGUGGGCAUUACUAUGCAUUACUUCUGUGCCAAUCCAUUUAAUAUACAACUCCACUGUGUUUUCUACACUUGCUACCCGUGAAUAUGGUAUUUACGUUGCGUCUUCUGAUUUCGAUCCAAAUGAUCCGCCAAAAGAGAAUUUGGCUUAUCCAAAUUGUUUCGAUGAACACGCAGCUGAGAAUAUGUCGGAUUUUUACACAAAUAUACGGACAUUCGACAAACUUCCUAUCUCCAAGUGUCAAGAUGCCUAUGCGGUUGACUUUAAUACAAACCGGGGAACCGUGAUCCUUGUGACCAACAACCCGAGAGCGGGCAACACAUCACUACUCUACACAGGAACGGGGAAUUGGCCAGACCGGGUUGGUAAUCCCAAAAAUUUGGGCUAUAGUUGGAUGUGUAAUGGUAGUGAUUGCUCCAGGAAAAUGCUGGAAGAGGACACAAAGUCCGCCCAUGGGAAAUGGCCUAUAUCCGCAGAAGUACGCCCGAUGCCAGUGAUUUCAGCAACCGUCUUUUCCGAGACAACAUAUACCCUCAAUAGCACGACCCUCAAGGAUGUUCCAGACAUUCAAGUGUCCAGUGACGAACUCGGCGAUAUCAGACGACUCAAGCGUCGUAUGUGGGAACAACCUCCGUAUGAAGAGCUACAUCGGUUUCUUCAUGAUCCCAGAGGUUGGAAAAACAGCUCCUGGGCUGAGGCCAUCAAAAUACAUGAAUUAGAUAAUCCCUGCCCCUCUUACAGUUUCACCCCAAGCUGGCCAAUGCAGCUAGACUACUCGCCAACAAGUCGGGUCGUCGAAACCACUGUCCGCCACUGUUUGAGUGAAAAGGUGAACGAGAAAUGUCAACUUCUAUUUAGCCUACCUCUCUGCCUCGCAGUCAUACUAUGCAAUAGCAUCAAAGUUUUGGCGAUAUUCUUGACAGCCCACGGUAGUAGGAGGGAAGUACUCCUUACCGUUGGAGAUGCUAUGUCAUCAUUUCUCUCUAAUCCUGAUAAAACCACUGAAGGAAAUUGUUUGUUGUCGAAAUCGAGCAUUAAAGCUUCAGAGUCAUGGAAGCCGUCAUCUGUUAAUGCUCACAUUCUACAAAAAGGACGCCAAGUCACCCUUUCCAAGAGGCAGAGAUGGGUAUACUCCGUGAGCCGCAGAGAUUGGAUACUAACCAUCGCUGUAAUUACACUUGUUUUCUUGCUUUCUGGUUACCUUCUUUCUUCGGCUAUUAUUGGUUUAAGUGAUUCCAACAAGGAUUCCCUUCGGGGAAUUUGGAACCUAGGUUUCGGUACUGUCUCGCCGUCUGCCAUAAUGAGAACCGACGGCCACAGAAGCUACUAUCGAUUUCUACCGACAGUUUUGCGCGCAAACGCCCCUCAGAUAAUCGUCUCACUGGCCUAUUUCCUCUACAACCAUAAACUAACGUCUAUGCUUCUUGCUGCCGAGUAUGACGGCUAUGGCACGGACCGAAAGCCAUUACGCGUCUCCUGGCCCAAAGGACCACAACGUUCGACCUACUACCUCAGUCUUCCUUACAGAUACAGCAUAUGUCUCUUGAGUGCCUCUGCAGCACUGCAUUGGCUGAUUUCUCAGAGUUUGUUUUUUGUGGCGAUUAUCCCGUAUUCCCCAGAUGGGAAGCCCACACCGGACUCUGAAAGGGUGACAUGUGGAUUUUCUCCGCUUGCGAUUAUCUUCGCUAUGUCUCUGGGCGUUCUGAUGGUUGGUGCAAUCCUGGCCCUGGGAAUGAGACGUUUCAAGUCCAACAUCCCUCUUGCCGGCAGCUGCAGCGCCGCAAUCAGCGCUGCAUGCCAUCCCCUGUCCGAUGACGAGCAUGCACUCAAACCCAUCAUGUGGGGAGAGGUCCAAAUACCACGAGCCGAGCCUACGAGCCAUUUUCCCGGCACAAAUGAGGAGACAGACUUUUCGGAUUCUGAACUAGACGCAAGAGGUCGUGCGGUUCGCAGAGACCAGUCGAGCCAAGAAAGCGGCGUAGGCCUGUUAGCCAGGGAUGAUGUGUCUGAUGACAGUGGGGAAUCCUACGGACACUGCAGUUUUACUUCCCACGAGGUCAUCACUCCCAGUCCGUUGCGUCGGUAUGCAUGA